UUUCCAGUUCCCACCACCACAUUCCCUUCGCACUUCUCUCACCUCUGCCAGCUACCUUCAAGCUCGGUAGCUGAACAAGGCAAGCAGCAGCAGCAGCGGCAGCUGGAUAGUGAUCCUCCAUGGGAAACUCCCUCGGCCUCGGCGUCGGCGUCGGCCUUGGCCUCGGCCUUUGCGCCGGCGCCGGCGCCGGCGCCGUGAUGCAGGCUGCUGCGCCAAAAAAGGAUCACCGGAAGAGGAACACUGAGGCACCUGUCACCAAAGUGGUGACUUCUCGGCAUCAGAACAACACCGAGGACAUCGACGAGUCGUCUGCAGAGGGGCUGCGCGACGCGAUGAGUUACGUCAAAGAGAACCCGAUGCUGAUCCAGGUCCCGGUGUUAGGAACGGCGAGGAAAUUCUGGCGAUUAUCUGACAAAGCGACUAGGAUCAGCAGAAAACUUGCAUUGAUACUGUGGAACCAUCACAAAGCUGGCAGGUACCUCACUGCACCUCUGAAGGUGUCCAACGUUUGGAUUGGGAGCACUGGGAGUGUCAAGCUCAGGGGUGCUAGUUUCUCUCCAAAAGGCUUCAUCAGCAUUGAGCGUGUGAGAGAUGACUACGAGCACCUGUCCAAGGUCCUGAUUUUGUUGAUUAAAACCUCGGGUGGGGAUAUCGACAAUCUGCCUCCGGACUACAAGGAAUUCCUUUUGCUCUUGGGGAGGGGCACCUUUACAAUGAAAGAUGAAUUCUUCAUUGUAAACCACGUUGCACUGCUGCCCAUGGAAAACCGCACUGAGGUCUUCCUGAUGCUACACGAUAUAAUUGUCAAUCAUCUUGGUCGUACGGACCGAGCAAAGAAGAGGAAGAUACUCUGUAAUCUCCCCUACAAGAACAACUGGUUGGACACUGCAAGAGCAAAUGAAGCAAUCAACAAGUGGGUUGUCAAUGUUCAGAACGAGUACAGAAGUACUCCAAUUGAUCUACUGCGGCUCAACAGGAAUGUAAGAUGCCACAUGCUUCAAUACAACAACAACAACAUUGAGGAGACUCUGUAUUGUGAAUGGCCUGAGCUGCUCAUGGUCAUGGAGAAGAUGUUACAGUCGGUUGGUGAGCUCGUGGACACUGGCAUUGAAAACAAGUUCGGCUAGCCAUCCUAGUGCAAAACCGAUGUAUUCUGCGUUUCCUGCUGUCGUUAAGCUACUGUUGUUUGUUGAGUGAGAAGGUUUAUGGUGAUGGCGCAGCUUUAUAAGACUAUGAUGUAAAAUAUUUCCUUAAAACUCUAAAACUAUGCUAUAAUUGUCAUUGAGUUUGCGUUGACCCUUUAA